GUAUAUUAAUACGUAUAGUUUUAAAAAAAGGUCGAUUGCAAUCCGCAUCGAAUCCUUGCUCUGCCUAUAUAACACUUGAUAGAGUUCCGUUUGGUGUCGUUUCUUAAUGGCACCUUGAGGAGCACCAAUUUGCUCGAGUAUUAGAGCAUUGAUACGCGGUAGUGCUCAUUUGACUACCACGUAGUAUGAUGAUCAACUGUUCUGCUGAUGAGCCUUUUUGUACAGUUUAUACUCGAAUUGGGAUGUGUCAACUUGUCUGAAUGCCAUGCUUUGUUUGUAUAGCUAUACAAACCAUGGUCCGGUUGGAAUAUACUUUUGGCACUAUCUUGAUGUCAAUAUCAUGGACAUGCUACUAGCUUGCAGUUUAGGAAGGACAAGUGGAUUUGAUGAGGGCUGCCAAUAGGAAGUUGGUUAUUUUUCAGCACAAAUGAAGCCCUUCCUGUGUGCAGUUGACAUGCAACCCUGUUUCAGCGUUCAUAUGGUUGAAUUCGUUUGAAUGUUGGCAACUAUCGCUCGUUUGGGUUGAUUUUGUUCACCUUCACCAACUUGAGCGACUUCCACACUUGUAAAAGUUCCUGAACCAUGAGAAUCCUAUCAGGAACCCACCAUACUGCCCCAUUGGCCAUUCUGAGCUACUGUUUUGCUUCUAUCCUCAUGACUGUCACUAAUAAACUGGUGCUGUCCUCGUACGACUUUAAGCUCAACUUUUUGUUGCUGGCUAUCCAGUCCAUCAUCACAGUGGCUUUAUUAGAGAUAUCCGUAGGAUUGGGCUUGCUCACGCACCGACCCUUCCGCACAAGUGAGGCCAAGAACUGGUUUAUCGUGUCGUUGUCGCUGGUGCUCAUGAUUUAUACUGGAUCCAAGUCACUUCAAUUUCUGUCCAUUCCAGUCUUUACUAUUUUCAAGAAUCUGACGAUUAUCAUUACUGCAUAUGCGGAGCGAAUAAUUCUCAAAGGCGCGGCAGUCACUCAUCUGAUGUUGGUCUCGUUUUCGCUUAUUGUGGCCUCGUCCAUUAUAGCUGGCUGGGCUGAUAUCACUGCCGGCCAUUUAUUAAAGGACAAUCAAGCCAAUAUUGUUGUUGCGUAUGGCUGGAUGUUUUCCAACUGUAUAGCGACCUGUUCAUUUACACUUUUCAUGAAGGGAAAACUCAAGGCGAGCGGCUUCAAGGACUUUGAUACCGUUUUCUACAAUAAUCUACUGUCCAUUCCAACGCUAUUGAUCAUGUCAAUCAUCAAUGAAAUGCCAGAAGCACUGCGUCUUUACGAUCGCUACUAUGGCUCUACAAGUGAUCUAUACUCUUCCGAGUUUUAUGGUCUUUCGAUUGGAAUUCUCGUGAGUAGUGUGUCUGCAUUUGGAAUCAGUUACAGUACGUCGUGGUGUGUACGAGUUACAUCUUCAACAACAUACAGUAUGGCUGGGGCUCUUAACAAGUUGCCCAUUGCCGUUGCAGGAAUGAUCUUUUUUGAUGCGGUUGUCAACUUUGCAAGUAUCAUGGGUGUUUUGUUUGCUUUUACUGGCGGGAUUGUAUAUAGUCUUGCCAAGAUGCAGCAGUCUGCAGAAUUAUCAUCUACCCUAAAGGAUACUUCGGUAACUUUGCCACUUCAUAAAAGUCUUGACGAAGACUAUAGGGAUGAAAAGUCUGCGCCGUAAGAUUUUGUUUAAAUGAAUCGAAUUUAAUUGG